GCAUCCCAGAAGAGCCACGUCGGCCUUCCUUUGCCUAGUGGAUUUUCAAAAGCAGCUCUUCAGUUUUUGGUGCUGUGGGAGACCUUGCUUUUCAAUCACACGGAGGAAAACUGAAGCUCGUAAGAGGAGAAUCUGGCAGCUGGACACAGCUUGGACUGCAUUGUCUGGCUUCAUGACCCCUGCUGUGUAGCCGGCUCAUCUCUUCACUCUCACACGCACAUUCUCCUUGCCUUUUUUUUUCCUUUUCUUUUUUAUAAUUUUUUUUAAAGCAGCCUCUGGAGCCAGCCAUGUUUGGCACCGAAUCUUCAUUGAGCAUGUUUUUGAACACGUUAACCCCGAAGUUCUACGUGGCCCUGACAGGCACCUCCUCACUAAUAUCAGGGCUUAUUUUGAUAUUUGAAUGGUGGUAUUUUCGCAAGUAUGGAACAUCAUUCAUUGAGCAAGUCUCAGUAAGCCACUUGCGCCCCCUUCUGGGAGGUGUGGACAACAACUCCUCCAACAAUUCUAGCUCCAGUAAUGGGGACUCAGAUUCCAACAGGCAGAGUGUCUCAGAAUGCAAAGUAUGGCGAAAUCCACUAAAUUUAUUUAGGGGUGCAGAAUAUAAUCGGUAUACGUGGGUGACAGGGCGAGAGCCUCUCACAUACUAUGACAUGAAUCUCUCUGCUCAAGACCACCAGACGUUCUUUACUUGUGACUCGGACCAUUUGCGUCCUGCAGAUGCAAUAAUGCAGAAAGCCUGGAGAGAGAGAAAUCCCCAAGCUAGGAUUUCUGCUGCUCAUGAAGCCUUGGAGAUAAAUGAAAUUAGGUCCAGAGUUGAAGUUCCCCUAAUUGCUUCCUCUACCAUCUGGGAGAUAAAAUUGUUACCAAAGUGUGCAACUGCUUACAUUCUCUUGGCUGAAGAAGAAGCAACCACAAUUGCUGAAGCAGAAAAGUUGUUUAAGCAGGCCCUGAAGGCUGGAGAUGGCUGUUACCGGCGUUCUCAGCAGCUACAGCAUCACGGAUCCCAAUAUGAAGCCCAACAUAGACGAGACACCAAUGUCUUGGUCUACAUCAAGAGAAGGCUAGCGAUGUGUGCCAGAAGACUUGGGCGGACCAGGGAAGCAGUGAAAAUGAUGAGAGAUUUGAUGAAAGAGUUCCCCCUCCUGAGCAUGUUCAACAUCCAUGAAAACCUUUUAGAAGCCCUUCUGGAACUGCAGGCCUAUGCCGACGUUCAGGCAGUCUUAGCAAAGUACGAUGAUAUAAGCUUACCAAAGUCGGCAACAAUUUGCUACACAGCUGCCUUGCUCAAAGCCAGAGCGGUCUCUGACAAAUUUUCUCCCGAGGCUGCAUCUCGGCGGGGGCUGAGCACAGCAGAGAUGAAUGCAGUAGAGGCCAUUCAUAGAGCUGUGGAAUUCAAUCCUCAUGUGCCAAAAUACCUACUAGAAAUGAAAAGCUUAAUCCUACCCCCAGAACAUAUCCUGAAGAGAGGAGACAGCGAAGCAAUAGCAUAUGCAUUCUUUCAUCUUGCCCAUUGGAAGAGGGUGGAAGGGGCGUUAAAUCUUUUGCAUUGUACGUGGGAAGGCACUUUUCGGAUGAUUCCUUAUCCCUUGGAAAAAGGGCACCUAUUUUACCCUUACCCAAUUUGUACAGAAACAGCAGACCGAGAGCUGCUUCCAUCUUUCCAUGAAGUCUCAGUUUACCCAAAGAAGGAGCUCCCCUUCUUUAUUCUCUUCACUGCUGGAUUGUGUUCCUUCACAGCCAUGCUGGCCCUCCUGACACAUCAGUUCCCGGAACUUAUGGGGGUCUUCGCAAAAGCGUUCCUCAGCACUUUGUUUGCCCCCUUAAACUUUGUCAUGGAGAAAGUGGAAAGCAUCCUCCCGUCCAGCCUGUGGCACCAGCUGACGCGGAUCUGAGAGCACCACCCAUCUUCGCCUCAUCUGGCUGGCUGUCACCAGCUCUUCCGUGCCAACUCCUCGUGGACCGCAAGAAAGCAUGACUUUGAAAAAGGGAAGCCAUUCCGAGAUUUUAAAAUGUUCAUGGACUGUCUGUUCCAUAUUAAAAGCUGUUUUUGUUGUACAAAAUUCAUCAAUGUUCAGUUCUAUUUUAUUUUGCCUUCAGAAAAGAAGAAAAAAGUAAAAAAAUAAACUUUUGUGUAUUGCAGCAA